AUGAUUGCUAUCAAGAAAUUUAUGCGCCCCAAUGUUUAUACGAAGGUGCCUGAUGGAGGCUGGGGCUGGGUGAUUGCCGUGGCCUUUUUCUUUGUGGAAGCCUUCACAUACGGAAUCGUCAAUACUUUUGGAGUUUUCUUUGAUGAACUCAAAGACUACUUUCAUGAAAGUAAUGACAAAGUAUCAUGGAUCUUUUCUAUCUGUGCAUUCGUCUUCACAGUCACAGGUAAGUGGUUUGAAGGAAUAGUUCUUUGGAGGUCAGGUAACCUGACUUUAUAUGAAGGGAUAGAAAAUGCUUUGAUCUACAAGGUCCUGAGAACUGCAUGUUACCUGCAGACAUUUAUGUGGCCUUUUUGCCCCACUCUCAGGUAGAAGGACACCAGCUCAUAGGCUGGAAGGAAAAGGAAACUCUAAUGUUAAAAAUGCAAAUGUAGUACUGUAAAAAUAUGUUUUCCUCUCCUUUAAUCCCAUGCUACACCACUCUCACCAUGGUUGCUGCUCUGCCCGGUUGUGUACUAAAGGGUGGGAGGUCUGCCCCGGGUGCCACUCACUAGGGGGGUGCCCGGGGCAGACUGUGUCGGGUCCUGGGUCACUGACCGAGGAUCCGACACCAGGAGGGCGCGAUGCCCCUCCUGCGCCCAUCGCAGACACCGGUUUACAACUCCGCAGUGUGCCUUGCGAGAUCUGAUCAAUCAGAGCGUUGCUGCGGAUUACCACGGCAACGCUCUGACUGGGUCUCGCAAGAUAUCAUGGCCACCGGACCACCAGAGAAAUAAGGUAUUUAGUCCGUCCCCCCCUCCCUCACACCAUCACCCCCUCUCCCUCUCACAUCACCAUUCACUAUACAAACACACUACUAUUUAUACAUGUGUGUCUGUGUAUCUGUUUGUCUAUCUGUAUGUGUGUUGGUAUAUGCAUAUCUGUAUGUGUCUGUGUAUCUGUUUGUGUGUCUGUGUUUGUAUCACUGUGUCUGUAUGUGUGUGUCUCUACCUGUAUGUGUGUCUGUGCCUGUGUGUCUGUAUGUGUGUUUGUCUGUAUCUGUGUAUGACUGUGUUUCUAUGUAACUGCAUGUAUGUCUAUGUGUCUGUGUAUGUGAGUAUAUGUGUGUAUAUGCAUACAUCUCAGCAUUUCACCUACACUACACACAAAUACAACCCUGCAUCCAAAUGUCAACACUACAUAAAAACACACCACCAUAUUCAUAAACCACACAACAGAAAAAUGCACGCCUGCAUUCAAAUGCCAAUACGUGCAAACACACCCGUACAUUCACUCACACAUACUCCAUACAAAAAUAUGCUUACAUUCAAACACACAAACGCUGCUUGGUGCUAAAUACAUAAAAAAAAAAAAAAAUACAAACACUGCUCGGUGCUAACUACAUUUAAAAAAAAUUGUGGGCGUGUUUUAAAUUUUUAAGCUGGGGGGGGUAGUGGAGGAGGGAUUCAGGUUUUUUAUGGAAGUCCCGUUUUUGACCGACCGCACAUGUGGCUUAAGCCCAAAAUAGUUUCAUGAAAUCAGUGCUAGCGGUCAGUCAACUUCGGUAACAUAAAAACGAAUAAUAUACCGAAACCAUGAUUACAAUGUGUAGCUUGUUCGCCUCAUCCAUGCGAACGAAUCCACCGAACAGUGCCCCUCCAGCUUGUAUAGAAACAAACGCAGGCGAUGAUGGAAGUCCAGCGGUGUUCGGGUGUUUCAGUGUCCAAUUUUAGUUCCAUGAGCUUGACACCCAAAGACUGCUGCCUGUGUUUGCGGGAACAAGAUGGCCGCCACCUCGUGGUCGUUCAUACAAACUGCAGCCACCCAGACGAACAAUUAGAACACAGGUGGAAAUCGUUACCAGGUGUCAAUUGGGCUUAACAAGCACACGAGUGGAAUUUACACGAACCAAGACUUUUAAACUGUCUUUUACAGGUUUCCCUGCAGGGCCCAUAGUCUGUGGGUCACGUUCGCCACAUACAUUUUUGUGGAGAGCGUUUUGGGGUCAUAAUGUAAGUAGUGAGGACGUGGAAAGUCAGUCCUACAAAGAUCAAUAAAGGGACACUCCACUGCCAAAAUACAAAAUCACUAUGUUGUAGAUAUACCUCCAGGGCCAGCGCAUCCUAUAGGGGACUUAGGCAGUCGUCUAGGGCACACUGGCCCGGGGGGGGCGCUAAAUUUAGGUGACUGGCAGGAGGGAAGCCACAGCACUCCCUCGUGCUGGUCACUUAAUGUAACGUGGCUGGGCGGUGCGGACCUCGGGACAGGAACUUCUUUAAACCCUUCCCUUCAGUCCGAGGUCGGCCGAGUACAGGAAACAGAAGUUCCUGUACUGCGGUUGUGCCGCCCUGCCGUGCUACAUAGGUAGGAGGCACUGAGGAGGGGAAGAGGGGGAAAGGACCACUAAGGGGGUGGGGGAGGAAGGGGAAAAGACCACUAAGGGGUGGGGGAGGGAGAAAGGACCAUGGGGGGGAGGAGGGGGAAGGACCACUAAGGGAGGGGAAGGACCACCAAAGGGGAUGAGGGAAGGACCACUAAAGGGGGGGAGGAGGGGAAAGGACCACUAAGGGUGUUGGGAGAAGGGGAAAGGACCACUAUGGGGGUGGGAGAGGAGGAAGGACCACUAAGAGUUUUGGGAGAGGGGGGGAGGAGGACCACUAAGGGGUGGGGUGAGAGGAUGACCAUUAAAGGGAGGGAAGAGGUAAGGACUACUAAGGGGAAGAGGGGAAGGACCACUAAGGGGGAGAGGGAGGACCACUAACGGGGAGGAGUGAGAAGACCACCAAGGCGGGACUGCAGAGGGACAGGGGGCAAAGGGAGAGCACUAAGGGACAGGAGGGGAGGAGAGAGCACUAAGGGACCGGAGGGGAGAACACUGAGGGACAGGAGGGAAGGGGAGAUCACUAAUAGAGAGGAGGGGAGAGCACUAUAAAAAAAAUAAAGAGUUGCUCCCCUCUCAGUCCCUAUCCUACCCCACAAACCCUCUCUUUUACACUACACACAUAUACAAUGCAUCCCUACUCACACACAGACACACCGAAACACACAAUGCAUCCCUUACGUGCACACACACACUGAUUCUCUUACACACACAGAAACAAAAUGUAUCUCUUACAGACACCCACUGCACCCCUUACAGACACCCACUGCAUUAAAUUACAUACACAGAAACAUACCUUGAAUCAAUUACACACACACACACACCCAGAAACAUACAAUGCAUUCCUUACCCACAAACACACACUGCAUCCCCUAUACACACACUACAUCCCUUACACAAAUUGGUAUCCCUAUACACUACAUUCCAUAAGAAUACACACACAUUACAUCCUCUACAAUAACACAUAACACAUCCCCUACACACAUACACUCCACUCCCUGUGAGAGAACUCAUGGGUGGGCAUGUAGGUGGAUUCAUGGGUGGACCUUGUAGGCAUACUCACGGUUAGGCCCUGUGGGCCCAGGCUUUGAGUUGUAUAAGCAGGGCCGGUGCAAGGAUUUUUGCCGCCCUAGGCAAAAGUAAAGUUUGCCCCCCCCCUCCCCAUGUGACAUCACAAUGCCCCACCCAUAUGAUCUGCCAUGUUAACUAACGCCAGUUCUGCAGUGCCGCCGUGUUUACAUUAAAAGGCCUGCAGGGACAGGCUAUAGACACCAGAACCACUACAUUAAGCUGCAGUAGUUCUGGGGACUAUAGUGUUUCUUUAAUGUGAGGUAAAUUAGAGAUUAGUGCCACGAAUAAUAUACUAGAUUGCCUACUUACAACCAGAUGAGGAUGGUAAUGGGCUCUGGCUGCAGUCUGGCUCCACUGGUCUGGUGUAGAACAGGCUCUCUGGAGGCUGUUUGUAACUGUGGUCACAAAAAUCAAUGUUCUGGGAGAACAGGAAGCAGCUCCAUUUUUUGGGGGCCCUUUGCACAGCUCAAGGUCUGGGUCCCAGGGUCCACCUUCAUGUUCCACCAAUGAGUUUGUUCACAGGGGGUGGAGUGUGUAGGGGAUGUCCUGAUAUGUGUGUAAGGAAUGCAUUGUGUGAAUCUGUAUGUGAAAGGGCUGCAAGGUGUGUUUCUGUGUAUGUACGGGAUGCAGUGUGUGCGUCUGUAAGGGGUGCAUUGAGUGUGUGUAAGGAAUGCAUUGUGUGUUUCUGUGUGUGUAAGGGAUGCAUUGUGUGUAAGGGUUGCAUUACUUGUGUGUGCGUGUCUGUGUGUGUCUGUAAUGCAUUGUGUGUUUUUCUGUGUGAAAGGGGUGCUUUGUCUUUCUUUGUAAGGGGUGCAUUGUGUGUGAUUGUGUGUGUGUGUGUGAUGGAUGUCAAUCUCUCCCCCCUCUCUUGUCACUCUCUUCUCCCCCCUCGCCCUCCCCUGUCCCUCUCUUCUCCCCCCCGUUGUCACUCUCAUUCCCCCUCCCUGUCAAUUGCUUUCUCCCCCCACCCGUCAAUUUAUAUCUUCCCCCUCCCCUACCUCUGUUGUAGCGUGGCCGAGCCCUGUAUGGUCCGCGGGUACAGGGAGCUUUUCUUUCCUGUACCCGGCCGGACUAAAAGGAAGUGCACACUCAGUGUUAGUCCGGCCGGGUACAGGAGACAGAUGCUCCCUGUACCCGCGGACUAUACAGGGCUCGGCCACGCUACAGUGAGGGAGUGACAGGAAGGAGCGCUGAGCACUUCCUUCUUGUCUGCCCCUCUCCUCAUGCUGCGCCCGGGCGGUGCGCCCUCAUGGACGCACCAGUCCGGGCAAAGCUGCAGCCGCCUGAGGCUCUCUACAGAGCGCUCGGGCGGCUGCAGCAUGAGGGGGGCCGGCGCUCCUGGUAACUGUGUGUAAGGGGCCCCAAAAUAUGAAGCUGCUUCCUGUUCGUUAAUUGUUGUGAGCACUGCUACAAACAGUUUCCAGAGAGCCUCUUCAACACCAGAUCUGUGGAGCCAGACUGCAGCCUGAGCCCAUCAUCAUCCUCUUGUCCUCAUCUGGUGGUAAGUAGGCAAUCCAAUAUAUUAUUAGUGGCACUAAUCUCUAAUUUACCUCACAUUAAAGGGCCACUAUAGUCACCAGAAGCACUACAGCUUAAUGUAGUGGUUCUGGUGUGUAUAGCCUGUGCCUGCAGGCUUUUUAAUGUAAACACACUGCCUUUUCAGAUAAAAGACACUUUGUGCAGAACUGGCGUUGGCCCAUAUGGCAGAGCAUAUGGGCGGGGUAUUGUGAUGUCAGAUAUUGGGCAGGACAUAUGGGGUGGGGUGGCAAAUUAUUUUUUGCCUAGGGCGGCAAAAAUCCUUGCACUGGCCCUGUAUACCUCCUUGCACUGGCGAAAACAUGCAUGUAUUUAACUAUGCAUAUAACUAUUUUGUUGGGGGCUUAUCUAAACACAGCUGGGAAGAGCUUUAGAUGUAUUGACUGCAGCUUUUGCAAGCCCACCCCUUCUAAACCCACCUAGAUUUUCUGUGCCUGUCCAAAGGCAGGUUCUCUGAGCUAUUGCCUGCCUCUUGAGUUUAGCUCCACUGAGCUAAACAAGCAGGAAAUAAAAAGACAUGUUGUCUGAUUGACAGCUAUAGGGGUGUAACAAGGUAAAUUCUAAAAGUGUCACUCUCUAUUGAAAUCUGCACUUUUUGUAAAAUGAAAAAAAAGAGGACCCACAUAAAGCACUUCAGCAAGUGAAAAUAUUUUAGGGGUCUGGAGUGUCCCUUUACAUUUUAAUGCUUCGAUUUUCCCUUUAAUAACGUUGUUUUUUCUGAAUUGUGUCCUGAGUGCCUGUUAGUUCUGUGAAUUUAUCUUGGAUCUUGGUCACCACUGCCAAGAAUGAUUUUAAUGUGGACUGGACCUAGGAAAUGCUGUUCUAGUCAAUGGUAGUAUGGAAAGUGAGAAAGCCAAUGAAUUGUGACAAUUUCAAGACAGAUGAGGAAAGACAACAUUACUUACUAUUGUAAAUUUAGGAAUGAUUUAGAAAGGUUAGCCAAGCCACAAUUCAAUGAUAAGGUAAUAACCAACAUAUAAAUAUUGUGCAGGAAAAUUAUAUUUUAGGAAUGGUGGAAAAUUGUCAAAGGAAUUGCAAGAUAAAAAAAAAAAGUCUAUAAUUUUUAUUAACAUUUUCAUUAACCCAGUUGAGUGAAUAACCCCCUAAAUGUAUUUAGAUUUGUUAUGGAACACACUUUUAAUUACAGGUACUAAAGCGUCAUCUAUUUAAUUUUAGCUCCUAUAACCACUAUCCUGACUAAUAAAUUUGGACAUCGCUUUGUUGUCAUGGCUGGAGGAUUUCUUUCUAGUGUUGGCAUGAUCGCAGCUGCAUUUGCAACUAAUAUUUACAUAAUGUACAUCACAAUUGGUGUUAUGUCAGGUAAGAGCCCCAGUCCCAAAUCAUACAAAAUUGUACCAGGCAUCAGUGGCAGAUCCAGAAGCUAAUCCCGGGAGGGGCACUGGCAGAUAAUUUUAAGAAACUCUAUAGUGGUUUUGGUGCCAGGAAUUGCUGUGGCGCCCUCCCAGAGUAAGUAGUCAAACCGUUUAAAAAAAAAAGUUAGAUAACUUACCCAGGGUCUGCCGGGAUAGGGGCUGUAGUGUGUAUGUGUGUGAGGGGUGCAGUGUGUGUGAGUGUCGCAGUAUGUGUAUGGAGGGGUAGUGCGUGUGUGAGAGGGGUGCAGUGUAUGUAUGGGGUAGCAAUUUCUAUAUUGGAAGCAUUGUGUUUGUGUGUAAAGGGUGCAGUGUGUGUAUUGGGAGCAGUGUGUUUGUGUGUGAGUGGCGCAGUGUGUUUUUGUGUGAGCGGUGAUGUGUGUGUGAGUGGUGCAGUGUGUGUGUUAGGGGCUAUGUGUGUAAGGGGGGGUUGUGUGUAUAAGGGGGCAAUGUUUGUAUUGGGUGCUAUGUGUGUUUAUGGGUGGCAGUGUGUGUAUUGGGGCAAUGUGUGUAUGGGGGACAGUGUGUGCGGGGGGGGGGAUCUGUGUGUUUUCUAGCACUAUAGGGUCAUGAAUCCACAUUUGUGUUUCUGACCCUAUAGGGUUCCUUUCACACAUGUGAUUUUAGUCUGAGAAAGACCAACCUAGGGUUAUCCUGAUACUUAUCUAGUACUUAUGUUUUAACUGCCUGAACCACACAUAGGUAUUUAGUAAACAUGUUAAAUUAAUAAAACUUCAUAGAUAAAUCCUGGAUGGAUUGAUUAAUUCAGGCUUAGAGUAAAACAAAUUUGAUUCAGUCACAUCAACUGAAACAUAUUUUAGUAUAGUCUAGUCUAGUAUUCACAGCAAUAUGGUUCUCUCCAGCUGCCACUUCUACCCCUGCCUCUUUAUUCUUUGGUGGUCUUCAUUUAACUCACACCCAAAGGGAUAACGGGACAGUAAGAGUGGCGGGGAAGGAUUUCUGCUUUCAGCCCACUUCUACUUCAACCCUCUACCCACCCACCUUUUCCCUCUCUUUUUUUUCAUUUGAAGUUCACUCAAUUUGCCUGUUGUUUACCACAUCCUGGAUCCCCCUUCUCUUCCAUGACCAUAAUUGCUUUUUCCAAGUAAAUGAUCAUUUGAAGUACUAGUAUUUGCCUGAUGGCAGCACUAGCAAUCAGUGGGCAGAUAGUAAAAAAAAAAAAAAAACAUUAAAAAAACCUUCACUGGCACAGCAGUUAACCAUUGCUAGCCAGUCAUCACAUUAAUUAUUAAUUAUUUUUCAUUCCAAAUGACCCUGUAUAGCACCAGAUUGAUUUUUCCCAUUCAGUAUGGGCCAUUCAGACUUAAUAGUUGCAAGGACCCCUUGAGAUUGGAUGACAAAAAAAUAAAAAUAAACAGCCCCAGCCAGGAAUAAAAAUAAUAAAAAGGUCUUAUAAACAUAUAUGAUAGACAUAUAUGAGGAAAUGUAUUAUAAUUUAUACAAAAUUCACAAAUUAAAAAUAGAAAAACUGAGGCUGUCACUACAGCAGAGUCUGAGAAUAUUUCCAGGUCUAUUUUUGCCUCGGUUUGCCAUUUGGAUUUUAUUUGUGAAAAAUUUAGAGCUAAACGAAUAACCCCGAAAGAGACAAAUGUAUGAAAAGUUCCUAGGUAGAAACCUCCAACACUACUAUACUUACUAACUAAUGUCUCAUUAUUCUAAAUGUAAGUAUUGUAGUCAGUAAUAAUUAUAGAUCUGGUCAAUAAUAAUUAUAUAAAAAUAAAAGAUUAAUGGACAAUUAGUUUGCCGUAACAAUUAAGCUUACUACCAAGAAUCUAAGUGCAGCUAGUUGGUAGCAGUACUGUUUCAAUGUUAGUUCUCGAUAACAUAUUUAUUUUUUUCAUUUAGGACUUGGCUACAGCCUUAGCUUCUUCCCAAGCCUCACCAUUUUGUUAAAGUACUUUGACAGGCGCCGGUCCCUGGUUAUUUCCAUUGCAACCACAGGGGAAUGUUUUGCAGUCAUUCUGUUUGUUCCAGGUAAGAUCUAUAAUUAACUAGUGUUUGCCCUCCCUAAAGUAUUGAUAACCAACAGGACAAUUGUAAAAUUCAGAUGCACAUGGACCAGAUCAGAUUACCAAACUGCUGGGGGAAUGUAAAAUUCAGACAUUGUUUACAUGAUUUAUCAAUGUCUGAGUUUUGCAAUACAACCUACAAGUCGAUUUGAAAGUCUACCCUAUUUAACCUGUCUGGGUGCAACAAAAUGGCAGAAAUGUGGAUCCAGAUGCUAAAAAAUCUGGACUAUUUGUUUCCUAGCAGCUCUGCAGCUCUAGUAGUCAGCAUUAAAAACUCCAAGACAGUGCAAUGUUUAUGUAUCUGGAGACUGGCCAGCAUUCAGCCACCACAGGAAAAAACAAACAGACUAUAUGAUUUUUAUCUUAUCUGUCACUUAUAUGUUCCUGCUGUGGAAUUUCCUGCCUGCAGCCAUCUACUGUUCCUGCUGUGGAAUUUCCUGCCUGCCUGCCUGCCUGCCUGCAGCCAUCUACUGCUCAGCUGUCGUUACCUCAUCAAAAGUGAGACCUACAAUGCCUGCAGUCACAUGACUGGUAACCCCAUCACUCCCUAUGCGAACAUAGGGAGGGACAAUGUUAGCUGUCAUGUGACUGCAGGCGUCGUAGGUUUUCUUCUUUGAUAAUGCCUUUUGUAAUUGAAUGAUUUUAUUAUUGUUCAUGCAUUAUGUCAUGAUUGCACUAUGCAAAUUGCACACUUGAAUUUAUCACUUGAAAAAGGCCAUUGUAGGCUCAAACAUGGUCACCCUCUGUUUGAGGUAAAAAACUAAAUAAAUAACUAUGGAGGGCAAUAUGACACCCAGAUAAUUUUUAUCCUGCCAUCUGACUGGUGAGGGCACAGCCGCUAAAUGUUGAGCAGUCAGCUACAGCUCCUCAACUGUCAAUAUCUCAUGCACCGAGCGGGAAUGGAAGGGGAUGAGGGGGCAAUGGCAUGUUCCUCCUUGUAUUUUUACUUUAUUUGCGAGCCCCCACUUGAUGCCCAUGGGUAAGGGGAUAGUGUAGCUGUACAAAUGCCUUGUCCACUGCCUAUCAACUAUAUUAUUACUCCACACCUGAUGCAUGAGUGGGAGGUAGGAUGGUGUAAAAAUAACCAGCUGGACCAUUCAAACGUCUCCCACACGAUACCAGGUGUGGGUGCAGGGGAUGGGGCAGUGGCUAUUCAUUUAAUAGUGUAUUGACAGGAAUUGACCAGGAAAUUACUAUAUUUAGGUAAAAACAACUAAAAAAGAAAAAAAAAUCAACAAUUUUUCCAACUCAUGUGCAAUUCCCUGAUGAGUUCCUGACAGUUCAUAGUUUAGUGAAUAAACAUUUGAUGCCAGAGUAGCUGAACUGAAGACAUUGCUGACUUAAAGGAUCACUAUAGUGUCAGGAAAACAAACCCAUUUUCCUGACACUAUAGUGCCCUAAGGGUGCCCCCACUCUCAGGGUCCCCCUCCCUCGGAGGCUAGAGUUCACUCUCACCACUCUCACCACCAAGAAUGGCAGCACGGUCCCCCCUUCCAGGCUAAAGGUAAGAUGGGAGGGGGGGGAGUAUAAAGUGUUGUUUUUUAUUUAAUGUUAAAAAAUAUAUAUAUAUAUAUAUAUAUAUUUAAGUCUGUCCCACCCUCUACACAGACACAAUCCCUCAAACAUAUACACACACACACAGUACACUCAGACACACACACACACUAACAGCACCCUCACACAGCACACACACAUAUAAAAUAUAAAAUAACCCUCAGUGAGUUAACAGACAAAGAAAAUUAGAAACAUAGAAUGUGACGGCAGAUAAGAACACCCUCACACACAGCACCCCUCUUACUCACACACUGCACCACUCACACACACAUGCUGCAUCCUACACCUAGAACACCCAACAGCGCCCCUCUCACUGCACCACUACACACAUUGCGCUCCAGAUACACACUAGAUCCCUUACUUAACUCUGGAUCGUCUAAUCUACACACACACAGACACACAUACACACCCUAGAUCCCAUAUACACUCUGAAUCCUCUACACACACACUACAGCCUGUAUGCACACACUCGCUACAUCCCUUAUACACACUAUGCCCCCUAUACACACACUAUCUACAGCCCCUAAACACACAUAUUACACCACAAACAUGAAUAAAAUUGACCUAUUUACGCAAUACCACACCACAAUCAGCUCACUCUACACACACGCAAUCCCACAAGCAGGCUCCAAACACAUGCACGAUACACUUUCCUGGCCCUUCUGUUCUCUGGGGGUAUAAUUGUAAUGACAUCCAUGCUUGGUCUCUUUUUGACAGUGUCAUGAAACGGAAGGGGCAUAGUCAUUAUCACAUAAAGCCAGGGUGAAUAGCGUUUUCACAACUAUGGUGUCAGGAAUACAUGUUUCUAUUCCUGACGCUAUAGUGUUCCUUUAAGCAAAUUAAAGGAACAUUCUGGUCACCAUAACAAUUUCAUUUAAAUGAAAAUGCUAUGAUGCCAGGAAGAUCCUGGGUGCUGUCUUUCCUUUAAGGGGUUAAACCGCUCUCAAAUGGUUUAACCCCAAAGGCUUCCUCCCGCUUCAGAUCUCCAGGUCGCUCAGUGGUAUUCGGCUUCUGAAACAGAGUGUCAGGCAGGGACGGAUUAACAUAGGGGCUGAUGGAGCUGCAGCUCCAGGCCCAGGCCCAUGGAAUAGGCCCAUUGAUUUAAAAAAAAAAAAUGUUUUUUUUUUGGUUUUUUUACACACUACUCUUAGGGUUGCCAUGUAUUUCUCAUGUAUUUCUUAUGGUUGCCAGGUAUUUCUCAGAAGUAUUUCUCAGGUAUUUGAGGCUGCCUAGCCGAUGCCGGUAUUGCAGUAAUACCGGCAAUACAAAUGUCUGUCUGAGUAUAAACAGAGAUUAUUCUACAAUACCAGCGCCGGCCAGUAGGGGUCGCUGUUUGUGUGGAGAGAGGCAGGGAUAAGGAGUUACAGCAUCUACCUCCCUGCCUCUCACUACAGUGCUCACUGAUCCGCGGGGGAGCAGCUCUGCACAGAGUCCAGACAGCAGCUCCAUCCUGCGAGACAUGGGGACGGUGAGACAUUAGGGGGCACUGAGAGACAUGGAGACACUGGGGGACACAGAGAGAUAUGGGGACACUGGGCAACUUUGAGACCUGGGAGACAUGGGGCCCUCCCAGUGUCCCCAUGUCUCCCAGCCAGUGUCCCUAGUGUCUCAGUAUCCCCAUGUGUCCCUGGUAUCUCUCAGUGUCCGUAGUAUGCCAGUGUCCAUAGUGUCUGAGUGUUUCCUAGUCUCCCAAAGCCCCCUAGUCUCCCAGUGUCUCUUUGUCCCAAUGUCUCCCAGUGUCUCAGUGUCCCCUAGUAUAAAAGAAAAAAUCUCAAGCACUCACUGUGAUAGAUUUAAGCAGGUUUAUUGGACACCACAAUGUUUCAACAUGUACCUAGGUCUUUAUCAAGUCUCCAUUGUCCCCUAUGUAUCACAGUGUCCCUUAUGUAUCAGAGUGUAUCAGUGCCCCAUGUCUCCCAGUGUCCCUGGUGUCUCUCAGUGUCCUUAGUGUCUCAGAAUCCUCUAGUCUCCCAGUGUCCCCAUGUCUCACAGUGCCCCCAAGUGUCUCAGCGUCCCCUAGUAUAAAAUAUAAAAAUCUCAGCCACUCACUGUGAUAGAUUUAACCCCCUUAAGGACACAUGACAUGUGUGACAUGUCGUGCUUCCCUUUUUUUCCAGAAGUUUGGUCCUUAAGAGGUUAAGCAGGUUUAUUGGACACCGCAACGUUUUGACCUGUACCCAGGUCAAAACCAAGUCUCCAGUGUCACCUAUAUAUCACAGUGUCCCCUAUGCAUCACAGUGUCUCACUGCUCCAUAUCUCCCAGUGCCCCCUCAUGUCUCAAAGUCACCCAGUGUCCCCAUGUCUCCUAGUGUCCCCAAGUCUCCCAGUGAUUCCUAGUAUCUCAGUGUCCCCAUGUCUCCCAGUGUCCCAAUGUCUCUCAAUGUCCCCUAGUGUCCGAGUGACAUGGGAACACUGGGAGACAUGGGGACACAGACACUAUGGGACUGGGAGACAUAGGGAUACAGACAUGCCCCCUUUUUGUGUAUGUUCGCCCCUUUCGGCAGUUCUGAUUAUGUGAUUUGUGUCAGUGGCCCACCCUUUUACCCCAUCCAUAGACUUCCUGCUUUACUGGACACUGCUGUUAGGGAGUAUGGGAUUUCUUGAAAGAUGAAAGCGUGAGAUUACCAUAGGGUAUGUGUUUUCUCAUAACUGCAUCCAAUGAGUUUCCUUCCAGCACCAUCUCCUUUAGAUAUAUGCCGCUUAGGAGGUAGGACUGUUUUAGUGUUUUUGGUCAAUAAGAUUUUGUAAUUAGGCCCAUCAUAAUUGUCAGCAUCAGGUCCACUGGGCUUUUAAUCUGGCCCUGGUGUCAGGAAGUGCAGAUUGACGUCAGGCAUGGGUGAUGCUGAUUGACUAGAGUGGUCAGCUGACGCUCUAAGCCAAUCGCUAGUUCCCGGUUCAUAAAAAUGUUUUACUUUUUUAUGAAUGGGGAGCUACUGUUUGGAUUAGAGUGCCAGCUGACCGCUCUAGCCAAUCAGCAACACCCCUACACAGCGGCACUCUGUGCUUCCUGACACUCAGUAAAUAAAAGUGAACACAUUAACACUGAUAUUUUUUUUUUACCUGGGGAGAUGAGAAAGUCCAAAGUUUCCCUGCCAGACCGAGGUACCAAAGCCUUAUGAUGUGGUGUCCAAAAUAAAGUGGAGGGUUAAUUUCACUUGUCCUUCCUGCUCCAAUCUCCUUUUCUUCGCCUUCAUUUGACACAGUCUUCUUUUUCUUCUGACACUGUCUUCUCUCCUCCUUGGCUUCUUUUGCUCCUUUACCUUUCUGCUACUUUCUACUUACUUUGCGCCCUUCUGCUCCUUUCUCUUUCUGAUCCCUUUCUGCUCCUUGCAGACCCUUUCUGCUCCUUGCUACCCUUUUCUGCUCAUUCGACUACUUUACCUUUGUGCUCCUUCUGAUUCUUUCUGCUCCUUUACCUUUGUGCUUGUUCUGUCCCUUUCUACUCGUUGCAGACCCUUCCUUCUCCUUGCAGACCCUUCCUGCUCAUUGCUUCCCCUUGCAGACCCUUCCUGCUCCUUGCAGACCCUUUCUGCUUCUUGCUGCCCCUUGCAGACCCUUCCUGCUAAUUUAUGCUCCUUCUCCUACUUUACGUUUGUGCUUCUUCUGCCCCUUCCAGCUUAUUGCUGACCCUUUCCAGCUCCUUGCUGACCCUUUCUGCUCCUUCUGCUUUACCUUUGUGCUGCUUUACCUUCCACCCCACUAUCCUCACUUACCUGAUCUAUAGGCUGCCCUCCCCCGAUCUCUCAUUUAACUGAUCUAUAGGCUGCCCCCCCAUCUCUCACUUACCUGAUCUUUUUUCUGCCCCCAUCUCUUACUUACCUGAUCUGUUGCUUGCCCCCCUCCAUGACUCACUUACCUGAUCUGUAGGCUGCCCCCAUCUCUCACUUACCUGAUCUAUAGGCUGCCCCAUGCCUCAGAUCCUGCCUCACUUACCUGAUCUAUAGGCUGCCCCCCCAUGCCUCACUUACCUGAUCUAUAGGAUGCCCCCCCCAUGCCUCACUUACCUGAUCUGUAGGCUGCCCCUCCAUGCCUCAUUUACCUGAUUCAGUCAGAAGAGAGAAAAAUAGAAAAAUCGGCACUUGGCCGCCCUUUCCUUUUUGUUUCGGUGGUUUCGUUGGCAGGAUGCUACGAAGACGUUUUGUGUUGCACAAGCCUUGAAGGGUUGGAAGAAAAGCCAUUGCCCGGAUUCGCGUCAGCCCAUCUUCUUCGAGGUGCUGUGUCGGUUGUUAGACUUUCUGCCACAGGUCUGUUUUUCAGGGUAUGAGGUUCUGCUGUUCCAGGUGGCUUUUUUGUUAUGUUUUUUUGGUGCCCUUCUGGUUGGGGAAUUGGGGGCUCCUCAGGCAAGUUCGCAUAAGUGUGACGGGCGGUCAUUUUUGUCCAGUAGCGAUUGUCCGGGAGUUUCUCGCAGCGCGGGAGGGUGAUGGGGGGUCCCUUCUUCAUCGGGAGGGGACUUCAUUGAGUCGUUUCCAAUUUUCUCGGGUUCUGUAGUCCUGUGUGAGCGGUGUGAGGUUGGAUCUCUCCUCUUAUACUACUUCCUCUUUUUGCACUGGGGCAGCGACCCAGGCCAGUGUGUUGGGUUUUCAGUCGGAUGCGCUUAAGCACUUGGGCAGGUGGCAGUCAGGUCGCUUUCAGCUGUAUGUUAGGCCUCAUAUGUUGUAACCGACUCCCUGUUAUUCUCCAUGUUGUCCUUGUUGUUGUCGGUUUCCGGUUUGUCGUAUCUCCCCGAUACGUCUGGAACCUGGGCCAUUCCUAUGUAUAUUGGGCAGCUAGGCCCAAUGGGGCGCAAUCUGGGGUUUCCAUGUGAGUUAGUGCAGAUUCAUUCGAGGGGUUUGUCUUGGGAACAGAUGUAUUCAGAGUGCGUUCAGCUUAGUCGCUACGUGUCGGGGCCGGUUACAUUAGUGCUCCAUGCAGGUUGGAAUGACAUUGGCCGUAGGCGGUCAACUGAUUUGAUUCACGAAAUGAAGCAGGACAUGGCGCAUUGUUUCGCACUCUUUCAGGAGCUGACAAUCAUAUGGUCGGAAAUAAUUCCUCGACCAGCUUGGUGGGUUUCGGGUAUGGGUAGGCCCUUAGAAUGUUGCCGUUGCAAAGUUAAUAUGACCAUUGCUGGGAAGGUUGGUCAUUCGGCACGUGGAUUUAGAAGAGGAGAAUUCCAAUUUCAUGAGGAGGGACGGGGUCCAUUUGUCUCCCACUGGUUUGGAUAUAAUCAACGUGGGUUUACAGUUGGGAGUUGAGGCUGCGCUGUCUGCAGGGGGGCGCGAUGCCGGCUUGGCGUAGCGCACAAGAGGGUUGAGUUGGGAAGACGACAGACCGCACGAGGGCUGAUGGCAAGUGCCGGCUGUUGAAGCUCUUGGGAAAGAGAGGUGGAGAACUGUCUGUUUUUAAAUCAUUAUUAAUUUAAUAAUUCCCCUAUACAAUCACUACACUUCUAUAAACGCACACUAUACAUGAAUGACGGGAAGGGGGGGAGGGCGCUGUGAAGGUUUUUCGCACAGGGCGCGUAAAGGCCUAAGGCCAGCCCUGCUAAUAUGUAGGAUGUUUCAAGAGUUUCGACAAUAUAAAAACAUAUUGUGAGAUUUAAAUUUUUCCCACUUACAUACUGUUUUAAUGUUUUUCUUUUUCUUCUCAGAAUUUACUGCACUUAUGCAUUACAAGGGCUGGAGAGUUUGCCUGUUUGUCAUCGGAGCUCUGCAACUUAUCAUCGUGGUUUGUGGAUUCUUGCUACAGCCAAUCAUUAUUGAACCGGAAGAAAAUAACAAACAACCUUCAGAAGUUGAGAAGCACUCUGCCUGUAGGCUUGAUAAUAAGGACAAGCUCACUUCUAUAGACCCUACAGAUUCCGGAAUCAAUAUAUCUAAAUCUAAAUCAUGCACAAAUGCUGCAACCAAUACAAAAGCAGAUGUUGUGAUUGACAUGUCCAUGGAGGAGAAGAUGAUUGAGCCAGUAGAGCUUGAAAAGAAGGACAAGCUUUUACUUGAUUUUUCUGUAUUGAAAAAUACCAGCUUUAUAUUUUACACACUAUUUGGAUUAUUUUCUGUCUUUGGCACUUGUAUACCUCCCCUAUUCAUUAUUUCUUUCAGUGUAAGUCUGGGCAUUGCUGAAGAACUUUCAACACACAUUCUUAUCCUCAUGGCCAUCGCUGAGCUCCUCGGAAAAAUUAGUGCAGGCUUUAUCAUGCACAAGGAGCCAAUUAAUAAGAUUUAUAUUGAACUGAUAUUUGUCAUCCUGCUGUGCCUAGCUCUUGUUGCCAUCCCUUCUGCUCAUACAUUUCUGGGACUGAUGGCCUGUAGCUUCUUUUACAGCUACAUGAUGGGGGCAGUUACAGCGACUUACAUCCCACUAAUAGGGGAAAAGGACAUUGUUGGCAUCGAGAAGAUGGAAUCAGCAGUUGGAGUCUUUGUGUUUAUUCACAGUUUCAUAUCACUGUCGGGACCCCCAUUAACAGGUAGGUAAUUUAUUUUUUGUUAUCAUAUAUCCUUGAUCUCCCCACUGGCCCAUGACAAUAAAGUGCUGUUCAUUGGCUAGCACUGGAGAUCCUUUGAUGUCUCCUGUGGGCUUCUGCCGACGGCCAAUGUUAGCCAGUCUGGGUAAAGCAGGGACAAAGGAAGAGAGGGACCAGUUGCAGUGCACCUCCUGCACCCGCUAAGAGCCAGCCCUGUGUCUAAUGUUUAUAAAAAGCAAGACAAGCAGCCUUAAAGCGGCACUGUAAUGCCGAACUUAACUUUCUUUAAUCGAUUCCUCUUCUCUCCCUCUGUCAGGAUCUGUUCUACAUUUCUUCCUGUCUGCUCUAGUUUUCUUUAAAACAUAAGACAAAGUAGGGACUAUUUGUUUUAUGGAGGUUUCCUACGCCUGACCAUCUCUGACUGAAGGUGGGACCUAGCGUGUCCCCCCGCCCCCCACCCCUGAGCGGCGGGUGGGGGCCCUAAAUAACAAUGUGGGGGAGGACCUAUUGUCCUCCCCCCCGGCCCCUACCUCUGAGGGGUUGGUGGGGGCCCUAAAUAACAAUGAGGGGGGGACCUAUUGUCCUCCCCCCUGGACCCCACCCCUGAGCGACAGGUGGGGGCCCUAAAUUAAAAUGUUAAACCCCCCUUCCCCCCAAGGUGACUAGCGGAGACUAGCCCCUAGUCACCCGCCCCACCCAAAACAAAAAUGAAUAAAUCCCUACCUACCCCUCUCACCUUAAAAAUAGUGAGGGGGAAGGACGAAGUACCUGUAAAAAAAAUAAAACUUACCAUUUGAUGUCUUCUUUUUUCUAAAAUCUUAAUUUUUCAGCCCCAAAAAAGGCCGAAUAAAAAUCCAUAAUACCCGUCGAACUUGUAAAAAAUAAAAUAAAAAAUCAGAGCGGGAAAAAAAAAUCAGACGAAAAAGAAAAAGCCUGACUCUAAAAAAAAUAAAUUAAUCUUCACCCAUGGAGGGCACGGCGCAGACUGAGUUCCUCAGAGCGGGGAAAGGCUUUUAAAGCCUUCCCACGCCCUGCAAUUUAAUCCAACUUAUCAGAGUGCUCUGACAGGUAAAUAAAGAGACUGACAGGUAAGCCAAUCCGAGUGCUGUGACGGGUAAAUGUAGAGACUUACCUUCAAGUUCAACGGGUAUUAUGGAUUUUUAUUUGGCCUAAAAUUAAAAUUUUAGAAAAAAGAAGACAUCAAAUGGUAAGUUUAAUUUUCUUUACAGGUACUUAGUCCUUCCCCCCCCCCCCUCACUAUUUUUAGGGUGAGGGGGUUAGGUAGGGGUUUAUUAAUUUUUGUUUUGGACAAUAGGCCCCCCUCAUUGUUAUUUAGGGCCCCCAACCCUGAGCGGCAGGUGAGGACCCCUAGUCACUUUGGGGGGGGGGAGUAACAUUUUAAUUUAGGGCCCCCACCCGCCACUCAGGGGUGGGGGCCGGGGGAACACAAUAGGUCCCCCCUUCAGUUUAAUAGCCCCCACUCGGGCGGCACGGGUGGGUCUUGGGAGGGGGGAUACUGUUUUGUUUUUUUAACAUUGAGCACCCAUAGGCUGGUCACUAUUUAAUAGACAUGCCCCUACUCGCGGUAUAGCGAGUAGGGGCAGAAUUUACUAACACUAAGUAACCUUUAGUUAGUAUUAGUAAAUUUGGCUGAAAAACCAAUUUAGGUCUUUCAGCCUUUUGGUAGAUAGCUCCCUAAUACCGUGGGAAUUAGGGAGUUAUCUACUAAGCGGCUGCAAGUUGCGGCUGUGUCACGAAUAGGAUCGGAGUUUCAUUCAUUCGAAUGAAAUUCCAAUCCGAACAAAGUCCCGAAUUGCGUCCUAACACGAAUGGAGAAACUGUUCUCAUUCUAUUAGGACGCAAUUCUGUAGUUUUGCCGGCGUUCUGUCUAAAUGACAAGACAUCGGGAAAAGUGAAAGAAGGCUUCACGGGAACACGGAGGAAAGGUGAGAAUUGUUGGAAAAUUGCUCUGACCACCGGAAAUGAAGCACACUUUGUUCUUCAGAGAUGGUCAGGUGUAGGAAACCUCCAUAAGACAAAUAAUCCCUACUUUGUCUUAUAUUUUAAAGAAAACUAGAGCAGACAGGAAGAAAUGAAGAACAGAUCCUGAGACAGGGAGAGAAGAGGAAUCGAUUAAAGAAAGGUAAGUUCGGCAUGACAGUGCUGCUUUAAACAUUUUCCUCCAAAAUAUAUAAUAACGAUGACACAAUGACCUGCAAAACUCUCCUGAGUGUCUCCAUUGGGCUUUUUCUUGGUGCAAUGAUAACAGAAUCAUAUAUUGUCUACAAUAUAAUAAUACAGAGUCACCCUAUUCUGAGUAACAGAAAGAGCUAUGCAAAACUGCAAGUCCUGCAAUCUGAAAGAUGUGACUUUUUCUUAGUCAGCCCUGCAUCUUCUGGAAAAUGUUUAUGAACUCCACAAGUAUCAGGCGCUGUGUAAAUGCGUAGUAAUUACACCUGACUCUAGUCCUAGUCUGGACAUAUAUCUUAUUUUUAUACAAAAAAGCAGAAUCAUUUGAGAUGAUAGAACCAACACCGACACAAAGAAUUCUGUGAAAUGUAUGUUUAAACAACUGGCUAACUGUCAGCAGGUCCAAAUAUUAUGUAAGUAUUGAUGGCAUGUGCACCUUACAGUGAAGGAUUAAUGAACAACAGAUUAAAAAGUCAUGAGAAAUGCCAGCAAUAUAACACACUUUAAUAUUUGACAGAUAGAAAUGUAGGCACCUGAGAAAUCAGGCUAGGUACUAUUCCUUGUAUAACAAGAUGAAGUAUCAGAAAUACUGGGGAGUUUUAAGGGCAGUACAGAGAGAGUGAAAAGUUUAGUUUAAUAUAAAUACAAGAAAUGCCUGUAGUAGAAUACAUGGCUGAAAGUAAUGUUUCUACUUUUUUUUACUUAGGUAUCCUGGUGGACAAAACAAAAUACUAUGGUUCUGCGUUCUACGUGAGUGCCAUAGGGAUGGCAAUUGGUGCUGUAUUCUUGGGCAUUGUAAAACCUUGUCAAAAUGGAUUAUGGAAGAAUAAGGCACCAGCUACACAAGACUCCACUGAAUGUCAAGAUGCCCAAGACGUGCCAGAAGUAGAUGAUAACAUGUCAGUGACUGAGCCGUACUCCAGUACUAUAGGAAUGACACUUCGUGCCAUAUGCUUGGCCAUAGUAAGACCUUGCAUGAAUAGAGAGUGCAAGAAAAAGUCACUGGCUCCAAAAGACUACAAUGAAUGUCAAGAUGCCCAAGACGUGCCAAUAGACAUCACAGAAGUGGAUGAAAACCUGUCAGGGACUGAGCCUUACUCCAGUACUAUAGGGGUGACACUUUGUGCCAUAUGUGUGGCCAUAGUAAGACCUUGCAUGAAUGGAUGGUGCAAGAAAAAGUCACCAGCUACACAAGAUUACUCUGUAAGCCAAGAUGCUCAAGAUGUGCCCAUAGAAAUCCCAGAAAUGGAUGGAAACCUGUCAGCGGAUUGA